UUCCCGCCACCCCCCGCGGCGCGCGCGCGCGCAGCAGGAGGGGGCGGGGCCAGCAGCUGGGGGGCCGCGAGCGGCGGCGGCGGCCAGAGAAACCCCCCGGGGCGGGGGCAGGAGCGUCCGGGGCGCCAUGACGUCAGCGUCCACCAAGGUGGGCGAGAUUUUCUCCGCGGCCGGCGCCGCCUUCACCAAGCUGGGGGAGCUGACGAUGCAGCUGCACCCCGUGGCCGACUCGUCGCCCGCCGGGGCCAAGUGGACGGAGACGGAGAUCGAGAUGCUGCGGGCGGCCGUCCGGCGCUUCGGCGACGACCUCAACCGGAUCAGCGCCGUCAUCAAGGAGCGGACGGUGGCGCAGAUCAAAGCCACGGCCAAGCGCAAAGCCUACGAGGACAGCGGGGUGCCCCUGCCCGCCGACUCCCCCAAGAAAGGCCCCAAGAAGGGGCACGGGCCGGGGGGGGCCGCCCCCGCGGCCCUGCCCCCCCCUGCCCCGGCCGGGGGCCCCGCCGGGCUGCAGGACGCGCCCGCCCCACCCAUGAAGAAGCAGAAGGCGUCGGACGUCACACUCAGCGCCUUGAACGACUCCGACGCCAACAGCGACCUGGUCGACAUCGAGGGGCUGGGGGACGCCCCCCCCGCCAAGAAACUCAACUUCGACCAGGACAGUCUGACCCUGGACCCCGGGCUCCUGAUCACGCCUGGCGACCUGCCCCUGCUCUCCCGCUGAGCCCCCCGGCCCCCCCGCCGCCGCACACGGACCGACCCACGCCUGAGCCCCGCCCCUGUGGGGAGGAGCCACCCCCCACGGAGGGGCUGAUGGGAGGUGCCACUGGGCAGAGCCCCCCAUUGGGUCCUUUCCCAGCCCUGUGUUCGCUUUUUAUUUUAAAUAAAAGUCACAGACCGCC